UCGCAAACAGAAGCAGUUGAUUAAAAUUUCGAGAAGUUCGUUCCCCGUUCCCGAGGAGUGUCCGCGAAUUUUGAUUUUUUUUGUCGUGACUAACGGAAAUUGGUGAAACAAGUGGCGCGGACUUUCCGGUGUGAUUAAAUCGUAAAACUGGCGACAGCAUAAUGGAAACCAUCCCGGACGACUCCGGUGGCACCGCACUCGACGCUCCCAAACCGGAGCAAAUCAUCACCACCUCAACCUGCGAAGAUCCUCCCGAACCCGCGUCGUCGUCCUCAGAUACGACACCCCAGCAUGACCCGCAGGACGCACCCGUCUCAACGACGACCCCUCUCAUCCCCAAACCGGGGAGCACUUCACUGCCGCCGCCAUCUUCCAUCGGAAAAUCCCCCCUUCCGCACAAACUCACCGAUCCGAACCUGCAGCAAAUCCCAACGGAGGAACUGCUCGGUUCGGUGACCACGUUCUACCCGAGUGGCGAUGCCGAGUGCGGGCACGCGCUGCGAACCAGCGCCCGGGUCAUUCACAAGAUGCGGAUGGAUUCGAUUCGGGGGACGACGCCGCCGCCGGUGGAGAAGAAGGAGACGGGUGGGGGUGGGGGAGGGGGUGCGGGGAAGGCUGGAGGGGCUGGGGGAGGGGGUGGUGGGGGGCAGGGAACGAAGACGCCGAAUCAGACGAAGCAGGUGCGCAUGGUUUGGAGCAAUCAGGACAAGAAUCUGUUUUUUGAGGCGUUGAACGAGUGCGGGAAGGACUUUGAAGGGAUUGUGAACUAUUUGAACACGAAGAAGCGCCGGAAGGAUAGCAAUAGUGAGCAUGCGCUGAAGGUGAAGGACGUGCGGCAUUUGUACUACCAGUUCAACCAGAAGGUGGCGAAAUAUUUGCACUUUUCCGACGAGGUGAAGAAGGAGGCGCAGGAACUGUACGCUUUGAUCAAUUACGGGGAGAUGCGCAAGAAGGUUCCGUUUCAGAACAAAAAGUACUUCCACAAGCUGAAGGAUCUAGUGUACAAGGGGUUCACGACGAUCCGCGAGAAGGGCCGCAACAUCCGCAUCAAGACGCCUUCGUGCCGAGCGUUGCGGAAGCUCAACCAGCUAGAAGAAUGGCAGGAAGAGAUCAAACUGCCCCCUCGGAUAGACGUGGUCCUCAAACCGGCCACCGUCGACGCCUGGGGCCGGGUACAAUCCCUCGCCCAGAACCCACGCGUCAAAAUCUCCGUCACCCUCCAGAAACGUCUAUCCACGCUGCUCCAACUGCUCCAGCAAAAGUGGCGCCACCAGGACGUCCGCCUCGUCGAACGCAUCAACAACCUGAAAACAGCCAGCGCCAGCAUCACCUCCAAAGCGUCCCGCCAAAAAGCUCAGCACGAGCUGGAACUGUGCGCCCGCAUGGCCACCGAAGGUAGCACCAACGACACAGAAUCCGCAAAAGUCCUCCGCUUCACAGCCCCGAAAGAAACCGUAAUCCACCGCCCCAUGAUCAACCUGUCGGAGUUUCUGAGCAGUUACAGCAUCUGUUUGAACUCGUACGAGCAGCGGAUUGGGGCGAAGGUGAGGGGGGAGGCGCUGUGUUUGGAGAAGUUGAACAGCUUUAAGGAGCGGGUUGGGGCGGGAUCGAAGCGGCAGCGGCACGAUAGCGGGUCGGAGAAGCAUAGUCCCGAUGGGAAGAAGGUGCGGGCGGAGGUGAAGGAGGGGAAGGAGGAGAAGGGAGGGGAGGGUGGAGUGGGGAUGGCGGUGGUGACGAAUUUUAAUGAGGUUUUCAAAUCCCCCAACGCCUCCAACGAAUCCCUCGACCUCGCCAAGGACAUCGAGCUCAACAGCGACGGCGAGUGCCCUUCCGUGGUCAAAUUCCACCCCCUCCUCGGCGGCGCCGUCUCCGACACUUCCCUCGACGGCGCUGGACCCGACCUCAAAAGCCCCGAGUCGAACGAUUCGCUCCGGUUGGUGGCGGGCGUCAGCAAGAUCAAGCUGGAGCUCGAGGCGGGCACUACCGGUGACAACUCGAACGACGGGAACGGGUCGGAAAGCGAACCGACGGUGCUGGCGAAGCAGGAUGAAGGGGGGAGUGGGGAGGAUCUGAUCAAAACGACGGUCAAGCGAAAGGAUUCGAAGGAAAAGUGCGGCAAGCGGAAGGACUCCAAGUCGGGCAGCAUGACCGGGCUGAGUGCCUUGCACUUCCGGCCGUUGAUUUCCGAGGAGACGAUUCAGCGGGUGCGCGAGGGGUGGACGAUGCGGAACGUUGGGGAUUUGACGGUUGGGGAUCUGUACAUUAUGUUUGGGGAGGAGAACCGGUUGCAGCUGGAGUACGGAUGGGUGCUGCCGAGGGAGGUCAAGACUGAACAGGUGGACGGGCUCAACGGGGUGGAGGUGCUGGAAUGUGGGGUUCAGGAGGUGGCGUUGACGAACGGAACCAACGGGAUUGAGGAUGGAGGGGGAAUGCUAAACGAUACGAUUGUUUUGAGUGGACGGCUCAAGCAGCUGCUCCAGAUUGCCAACCUGAGCGAGAAGACUGGCAAGCGGAGAUGCCCUUGCGGCCACGUUUGCGAUAGAAAGAUUAAGAAUCACGACCAACUGACCAGUGCUUCCAGUUCGAGCGACAACUUGCUCUUCAAAACACCCAAAGUUCCGAACCGCAACGGCAACGCCGCCAACGCCGGCCAGGCCAACUGUAACCUCGUUCCCUCGCCGCACACGGCCUACAAGCAAACGCGCUGGUUCCGGAUGCGCGUCAACCGGCACCAGCUGCCGUCUCACCGGGUCAUGCUGGGCGGUGGCGGUGGUGGCCACUACCUGGCCGCCGGCCGCCACAACAACAAUAACUCGCCAAAGUCCUCCUCCAGCAAUGGAUCGGCGAGCCCCUCUUCCGGUUACCAAAGUGCCACUUCCAGCGGUAGCAACGGGUCCACAAGAAGUUCCGGCUCCGCCAGCAUCCGCCGACCGGACGACGACAGCCUGACGAAACUGCUCGAAGACAAAAUCACUAGCUACCAAAGCGGCGCGUCCUCCAAAAAGUCCCGCUGCGCAAAACUUCCGCCUUCCGGCGGAGACGAAAGCAGCUCGCUCAGUUUGUUUGACAUCUCGCUCCCGUCCACGUCAUCCUCGCUGCUGGCGGACCUCAUGGGAAGUGAAACGAGGACGGCUGAGGAGGAGGAACGGGUUGGCGAGGAAGGUGCGAACAGCAAUAUUACGACCAUUUCGACGACCAAGAUUCUGCGCGAAUCGGCCGAUGGAGGGGAGCUCGUGGAGACGGACAUCAACGAUAUCUCGCUGAGUAGUUUCCUUGGGCAUCUGGAUGCGGUGUACGAGAGUGAGGCGGCGGUGACGGCAAGGAGAAGGGAUGGGGAUCAAAUGAACAUCAGUAUUAUCAGCGAGUCCAGCGUGGACUACAUCGCGCGCUUCGAGGACAUUGCCGCCGAGCUGCGGGCCCAGCAGCAGGCCCAGGAACAACAACAGCAACAGCAGCAAGAAACCGUCGCGGAGAUUGAGGUGCAUCGCUCGUAAAACAAAAAUGCAGGAUUUUUUGUCCCUUUAGAGAUUCACGAUUUAGGAUUUGUUAGGAACAAAAUUUAUUCGGAAGCAUUCAUACGUAUUGUAUUUAGCUCGUUGUUUUGAUUAAUUUAUGAAAUUAAAAUUCGAAAAGGUAAAAGUUUUUAGCAUGGCGUAGGUUUCGUUAAGCCGAUUUAACGUAGGGCAUCGAUCAUUAAAUGACUUGAUUUUAUCUCUUUUCGCGCUUUACUCGACGACGACGACGAUUGUUGGUUGAAAUUAUUCGAAAGCUUUAUCGUUAGAUUUUUACUCAAAAAUUAUCAGUUAGCGAUUUUGUUUGGUUGCUCGAACAAACACACACAAAUAAAGUAGAAGCAAAUAGCAGUUACACAAACACAAGUAAUCUUACAUGCGAUAUUAUGCGAACUGAUGAUUAACCAAUGUACACCGUAAAUUUGCAAAAUUAUUAACAAAAAUAUCAGUUUCAUCUCGAACCUAUACAAGAAU